UUUCGUGUAGUGUUGCAAAUCACCAGAAUCAAGUAUAUGAGUACUUGUGAAAUAAAAAUGUUUUGAAAAUUUAACUUAAUUUACUUAAAAUGAGUGCCACAGAUGCAUCUACAGCCGAUAGUGGCGCUAAACGAAAAUCUUCUGAAGAUAUCACACACAAUUGCAACGCAAAUUUUGGCGCAGAAAACGGCCUAAGAAAGCGCGUAAAAUCGGAGGAGCCUGUGGCGUCCAUUAAAGAUGAAACAAAUCCUGAAGUUCCUAUGAAAAUAAAAGCUGAGCCAGUGGAGAAUGCAGAUGAGCCCACAAGCACUACUCCUGCGAUCAAGAUUAAAGCCGAACCAGCGGACAAUGGAAACUCACCUGCAGCUGCGAUGGUAAAAACCGAGCCCACUAAUAGCAAUGCACAGGACGCCGCCGACGAGUCUACCGUAUCUUCAAGCAGUAUUAGGACUUCUUGUCGCUUCGGCAUACGAUGCUACAGGCGAAAUCCAGCUCAUCGUAGUGCAGAAGCUCAUCCGGGGGAUCAGGAUUACCGGCGACCAAACUUUCCAGCGCCACCCCUCGGAACUCCAGCUUGUCCUUUCGGUAACGCAUGCUAUCGCCGUAACCCAGUUCACUUCCAGGAUUACUCCCAUCCUGCGGAUUGUAAGUAGAAGGCUUGGCAUACUUCGGCUUCAAAUUGGCUAAAGCCCAUUGUAGUCAAUUCCGCGCAGAACAUUCGAAAUCGUCUGCGUCAACGGCGAGCCCAACGGCAGAACGACGAUGACUCGGGGACGGAUGAGGAGGAUGAACCCUUUGGUGGCGACAAUGACAGGGAUGCGGACUACCGUCCAGGCGCAGACAUAAACGAAGAUGAGGAUGAUGAGCUGGAGUUUGAUAGCCAACCAAUAAGUGGGGAUGACUAUGAUUAGACUAUAAAUUCAAAUUCGCUGUUAACUUAGAUGAUACGUUCCAUUUGCCGAAUAAUAGGCUUUAUAUAUAUAUAUUAUAUUCUGUUGAUG